AGAGAGGAAGAAAUCUUGAAUUUGGCGAGCUUGUGAAGGCAAGCUGGGUUGCAAAUACUUUUACUAGCUUUUAUGUCGCCUUUACUGCAACAGAAUAUGGGGAAAAACAAUCUUACCAAGCUCAAGUGUUUGUCUCUCUACAUGAUUACAGUCGAGUUGAGUUUUGGGAGUUCAGGGAAGCACCAUCAAAGGUAAUAACGAUCUUUCAAACCCUCAAUAAUACCUAGUCUUUAUCUGCACGUACGUCUCCAUGAGAUCAGAUGGUUUGAUUUUAUUAUUUCUUUAUGGUUAUUUCCCCUAUUCUCGCAGAAGGGCGACGACGUUGGGAAAGAUUGAAGCAUGCUCUUGUUAAGGUUGCAAUACCUACUCUAAAUUAAAUAAAUUGACUCUGCUUAUCUAUGGAGUACUUUUUCUUGUGUUCUCUCGAGAUGUUGAACAAUCUCUAGGCGUUUUUUUGUUUACAUUGUGAUUCAAUAUUUUCUUGUCGUCCCCUUGAUGUUGUCAUUCUACCUUUUUAUUAUCAUUUGACACAAAGUUUCUUACUUGGGUCAUGCUCUAGCCACCCAAUUAAGAUCAAAUCUAAUCUGAACAAUAAUAACAUCCACUAGAGAACCCAUUUGGUCUAUGAGCUUUUAGUAUUGGGAAUAGAAAGAAGACUUUUUAAUCAUAUCAGGGAUCCGUGAAACUGAGUCCGAAUCCCAAGGAAUGAACACUGAAAAUCCGAGGAUUGAUGGCAGAGAGAAUCAAAAUUUAGACGCUUCAGGCACAGAGGAGGGGGAGAGUGAGUCGGAUGAUGCUGGAUCUGACUCCAAUCCUCUUCCAAACGUCGGCUGGGUCAUUGCCGACAGUGAGUAUGAGGAAAGCGAGUUGGAGGAUGAGCCCAUGCAAGGAUUUGGAAGUGAAUUGGAUGAACACCAGUUCAUUGAGGAGGAGGAGGAGGACAGAAACGAACUGUCUGAUGCUGAAAUAGGCAGCCACUCCGAUGCCAUUGGCACAGGGGUUGGCGAGGUUCUCAUCUCUGCUUGGGAGAGGAGGAACAACGGUGUGAGGAGGAGCAGCGGUGUGAGGCGGAGCAUCGGUGUAAGGCGGAGCAGCAGCGGUGUGAGGCAGAGCAUCGGUGUGAGGCGGAGCAGCGGUGUGAGGCAGAGCAUCGGUGUGAGGCGGAGCAUCGGUGUGAGGCGGAGCAUCGGUGUUAGGCGGAGCAGCGGUGUGAGGCGGAGCAACGGUGUGAGGCGGAGCAGCGGUGUUGGAUCCGUCGGGAUAGGUCCGUUGCCUCGAGCUGCUUUGUCGUCCACGACCUCUACCCCGAGCGCCGUUGCCUCGCCCGCCUCCGCGUCCAUAGCCGUUGCGCUGUCCGGAGGAACUGCCCUCACCGUAGCUGCCGCCGUGCUGAAGCCUGCCGCCAUGGAAACCACCGAUGUCGUUGCUGCUGUGCUGGGGUCCCCCGCUGCCGCUGCUGGACGGCUGCCGACCACCGCCGUUGACGCCGGGCCUGCCGGCAAGGAGGGCCAUGCUACUCAAGUUGGCCAUGGGGUUGCGUUGUCGGUCCAAAAGCAUGAGAGCGGAGCGGGCUUGGAGAAAAGUUGGCAGCGGAUCCUGAAAUUGAAGAAAAGACGUCUGGGCUUGCAAAUCAUUGGGGAGACCACGGAGCAUCUGAAGAACCAAUUGAUGUUAGGACACCGGGGCAUCCACAUCGUCUAGCCAGUCUGCAAGAUUUUGCAGAUGUUGACAGUAGGCCGCCAUAGAAGUGUUGCCUUUGACAGUGGUACGGAACUCGUGCUCGAGUUGCAUGGCACGAUCAUUCUUGUUGUCGUGAAAAAGAUCAUGGAUAACUUUCUAAAG